CCGUUUACCACGCAAAAUUGCUGUCUCUCUUUUAGGAAAGACUUGAACCAAGAAGCGGUUUGACCCUGCACCCCAUAGUCACACAGUUUUUUCAACAAGAUAGCAUGGUCAACAGUGUCAAAUGCCUUCUUAAGAUCAAGGAAAAUAACACCACUGACCAUACCUUUAUCAAUAUUAAGACACCACUGAUUUGUCAUAUCUAGAAGCGCAGUUACAGUUGAAUGAAGAGAUCUAAACCCAGAUUGACGAGGCUGAAUAAGGUUAUUUACGGUAAAAUAGGCGUAUAUCUGCUCAUAAACUAAUCGUUCAAAAACUCUGGCUAUAGUUGGUAAGACAGAAAUCGGUCUAAAGUUAUUUGAAUCAUUUCGUUCACCUGAUUUAAAUAGCGGAAAGUAGUGAUCGAGAGGUUGAAAAGGUUAGCUAACGAUAAAGAAAUAACUGGAGCCGCUAUUUUUAGGGCUAGGGCUAUGUAGGGCUGUGUAGGGCUGUGUAGGGCUGUGUAUGGCUGUGUAUGGCUAUGUAGGGCUAUGUAGGGUUAUGUAGGGCUAUGUAUGGGUAUGUAGGGCUAUGUAGGACUAGUAUGGGUAUGAAUGGCUGUGUAGGGUUGUGUAGGGCUGUUUAGGGUUAUAUUGGGCUAUGUAUGGGUAUGUAGGUUUAUAUAGGGCUAUGUACGACUAUGUAUGGCUAUGUACGGCUAUAUAGGGCUAUAUAGGGCUAUGUAUGGCUUUGUAGGGCUAUGUAGGGUUAUGUAUGGCUAUGUAGGCCUAUGUAGGCCUAUGUGGGGCUAUGUAUGGGUAUGUAGGGGCAUGUAUGGCUAUGUAGGGCUGUUUAUGGCUAUGUAGGGCUAUAUAGGGCUAAGUAGGGCUUUGUAUGGCUAUGUAUGGCUAUGCGGGGCUAUGUAGGGUUAUGUAGGGGUAUGUAUGGCUAUGUAUUGCUAUGUAGGGCUAUGUAGGGUUAUGUAGGGCUAUGUGGGGCUAUGUAUGGGUAUGUAGGAGUAUGUAUGGCUAUGUAGGGCUUUGUAUCGCUAUGUAGAGCUAUGUAGGGCUAUAUAGGGCUGUGUAUGGCUAUGUAUGGCUAUGUAGGGUUAUGUAUGGCUAUGUACGGCUAUGUAGAGCAAUGUAGGGCUAUGCAGUAUAGUGCUACAAAUAGGUAUGCUAUAUAUGAAUGAUGCUUACACCACGUACCUACCGUUAGGCAUCGCUGAGCGCUGACUGCAUUAUGAAGCCCACUCUCCCAAAUAAGCCCACCUUUUUAGGGGAAUAAAAUUAUUAAACCGCCCCUCCUCUGUUAAGAUCCCCUACCCUGUCCCCUUAUAUUUUACAGGCAAAUUAAAAAAUGUUAGACUGUAUUUACUAAACACGACUGUAAGACUUUAUGUGAACUGAUCCCCGGCGGUAUGGUUUAUUUAGGUGCCGCAAGUUUGUUUUUUCAUACAAUGACUACGCCAUCCAUGAGCUAGGAUUGGUUUUGAACAACAAUAUGGCCGCCGUUCAUUUGUUUCGGAAUACCAGUGUGGCAUCUGUGAUGUAAAAACGCUAUAUUAAGAGCCUCUUAACAUGACUCCGGUUACCGGGACCAAUUUCGCUUUGGGUUCAUAUGAGAAAUUUCACCCCGGUUUCCGAGAUGAAAAAAGGCCGGGACGAGUUCUGGUGCGAAUUUCGAGAAACAAAGCAACCAUGGCGAAACACAAAGGUAUAACUUUCGGGAAUAUCAUAGCUUUGGAAACUGUGAAUAGUGUAUCACUGCAGUUAAAUGAGAUGCUUAUGAUGUCGAAAAUACAGCAGGCAAAGCAAGACGGUGUAUGCAUCCGGGCCACCGAAUUAAUCCCGCCUUCAUAGCGGUAACCGUGCUGAAGUGUUCCCCUCAAAUGUGCCUGAAAUAAAUAUGCCCCCGGGGGACUUUAAGGGACAGUGUCCCGAUCAUGCGCACUCGCGAGCGUAAUUUGUGUUUUCUUAAGAACAGAAGAUUUCCUUUCGGACCGCACCACCGACAAAGACUUAUUGUGACAUUCUCAAGUAAUAUUUUAGACUUUCGAAAACGUCUUUCGUCUUAUUUAUUAGUUUUGGCUCACGGCAUGAAGACUUCACGCUAUUUUGUCGCUUGCUCGGCCGCCUCACGACCUAAAAAGCUCGUUCCGCCCGGUUUACAACUUUAACUCUGGACAGAUGUUAAUUUGCGGCAAGUCCAAGUCCAGUACUAUUUGCGCGCGUUCUAGCCUCAAAAGUUCGAAAUAAAAAUGUAAUCUCUACGCGAUGAAGCAUCGCAAAGAUUAGUCAACCAUUAUAUUCCGAUUUCAUUACACUCGUUUCCCUAAACAUUGAUUGCCUGUUUGUUUGAUUUUGUCGGCCGUAAGGAGGUUUAAUUAAAAGUUUACUAACACGUCGUUGCAACAUAUCGUGGUUCAAGAAGCUUCCACAAGAUCUCCUCAGUCACAUCCAUGUCUCAAUGCCUUUCUUUCUUACAUAGUUCAUUAUUGUUGCGGUUGGAUUCUGCUUAUUAUUCCUUUAACGAUCAUCUGAGCUUUGUUGGAACUGCGCUGGCGGGAGAAAUAAGUCUUCAACCGGCAUCAAAGCGUGUCCCUUAUCUUGAUCUUAUGGCCAAAGGCAGUGAAAGCCACGCCAACCCUGAGAAACUCCGGAUUUCGCCCCCUGUCCCUUUCGCGGGAGCAAUAUGUCAUUAAUCUGACAUUCUGAGAAGUUUUAGUGAAGUAUCUAACGCGGCCAAGCGCGAUGCAAACGGAUUUUUCACGGUUCUUUUACUCUCCUCUCAUCUUUUGAAUUCGCGACAUCCUGUCAGAAAAUCAAAGUUUGGUACAUGCGCAGUAACGGGACACUGUUCUUUUAAUAGGUGAUUAAUGUGGUAUUGUGAAUAACUAUUGUAAUCGGUGUCCCUGCAAUGGUGUAAAUGCUGGGGCUCAUCUCGACUCACAAGUAGUUUGUUUUCCAGGAACUCGGAUUACCCUUUGGACAAAGAUUUGAAUUCAGUCGACUUUGGUUUGAAAAGUAUCAUGGAAAAGACGGUAAGAUAAUAGGGAGCUCAAGCAACCACGACAGCGACGGCAGCGAAAACGUCACUUAAAAAAGACAUUCGCGCCGUUUCAAAUUUCAUCGCUCUUAUUCCGGCUUGUUUAAUUUGACAAAUGUUGGCAAAUUUUUCCAGAGUGAAAUUCUAAAGGUCUGUCUCUAAGUUUAGACCCCGGCUAAACGAUCAAACAUGACCAAACAUUAUAGUCCAACAUUGUAAUUGUCAUUUACAACAUGGGCUGGCUAAACGAUCAAAUAAUGGUUUCAGGUGAUGCAAAAUUUUAAAUGAAAAUGUUUCAGUGAAAUUCAGCAGAGUCGAUGAGACUAAAACUCCAGAGUCAAUCCUUUUUGCCUUCCUUUGCUUUUUCACAUAACAUUUUUAAAGUCUCAUUUCCAAAAACCUUUCCCCCCACAAAAGUUAAAGUAACUCCUGGUGUUAACAUCACGGCACUCACUUUUACCUUCAAGCGACUGACUCUUUAAACUUGUAUAUUGUUGUAUAUUUAAGCGCCACCUGGAAACCAACAAAAGAAGGAAUCGAAGGAAAAAUCCGGUGUUCAAUUACUUCACCAAGAUGAAAGGCGAUCAUCAAGUGCCGUGUCAUCCGGAGCAGUAGUUGUGGGCCCCGGAGAUAGACACGAGAAGAAAAACGAUGGUCGAGAAGCUGCCCUCCACAACGAAUCAAGCAUACAUUCAGUAGAAGAGAUACCUACCUCAUCCCGUGGCAGAAAUUAUGUACAGAAAGAUAACUUUACCGACAGAAAGUCUGAGCUAAACCAAACAAAAACUAUUAAACGUAACUCAAAUUUUGAGGACAAACUUGUCCAUCCUAAGUUGCAAAUUGGAAGCAGCGACGACUAUUUUUUCAGUGAGGACGGCAAGACAGUGAAACAUCAUGUGUUUUCCCGAUCAGGUAAUCAUGCAUCUUGCAAUACUGAAAAACUACUGCUAGCAAGAGUUAUUGGGAAAGAUUUAGUGACUUGUUUUUUCUUAGUAUAAACACUAGCCUUUCCACUCAACAUCAUGAUUUAAAAUAAGACCUCGACAUCACAGGUAAAUUCGAGGAAAGUCACUUUUGAAAGCGGAGCUCCAUGGGCGCGCUUAGGGCGGGAAGCGGAGCCCCAUAGCUAAGAAAAUUUGGUUAUCUAUCCAUCCGAGAAAUUUUGGCAGUCAGGAGACCGUCCGUCCGUCCACCCGUCCACCCGUCCGUCCGCAUCACAGGGAAACCAAUGUCAAAUCUCACACUUUAUUACACUGUAAUAUGGAAGCCUACAACCUGAUAUUGCACAUCCAUGUUGUAGUCAAUUGACAGCUGUCACGCAAGAUAUCCGCUCACCAGUAUCACAUGCCCAGGUGUCAGGCUUUGUUAUCGACACAUCAAGGUUACCUGUUUUUUUUUUUUUAAGUUAUCCGCACACAAGUUACUAGUUUUCAGGCUCAACUCCAAGUGGAUUAAGUCUUUGCAAUGGUUACAAGUUUAUUGUUUGAAGUUAAUUAUAAAUUUUUUAAAGUGAGCUUCGCUUUUAGCCUUGGGUUAAUCUUUAUAUUACUACAUGUGCGGUUUGUCAACAACAAUGUCCAAAUGAUCGACAGCUGGUCAAUGAAUAUAUUAGGGGAUUUCAGUUUACAGCCUUGUUGUUACCAAGUGCCGGUGUGGAUGCAUCUCGGUCUCCGCAACAUUGUUUAACUGGUUUCUUUUUUUUGCUCGCGGUUAGCAAUUUCCUAAUUUUUUUCGCCCGUUGUAGUCUGUUUAAUUUUGUUUUGUAUUACUUUUUUAACUUUGACUUCUAAGAAGUCCGAAUGGUAGUGAAAUGUCGGGUUUUAUUGUUGUUUACAAAUUGCUUCUAGAAAUUUUUGGUAGAAUUAAAAGUUUUGCCUGUCGCUUGCCGCUCUAUUUUGGGCGGGAAAAUGUGGAGGCCGCAAGCAUCGAUGUGAUUUUUACUAGAUUGCAACUAUGCAAAGCUUCACCGGGAGCUUCAAAGACCAACUUGAGAGAAAUAGGAAAUAGAGUACUAAGGCUAGUUACUUUCCUUCGCCUCUUCAGCAAGCACGACUUAUGUCAGCACUAGCGAGUUUCGAUAAAAUUUGAAAGUUCACAGCUCGCUUUAAGUUUCUCGCCAUACAUUCCUUUUUCUUAAGUCACCGAAAAUAGGAACUUUAAAAAACUGGAAACUUCACAUGACAUACACAAAGGGUCUUUUACUUAAGGUGUUUUGAAUACGUACACUGUAAUGGGAGGGGGAAGUAUAGUACAGUACAUUAAUAUGAAUGAACCAUAGGGUCUAAAUUAAUAUAAAGGUUAAUUAUCGUGUAUCGAGAUGAAUCGCUUGAACAAAAAGCAGUUUAAGUUCGUUUGAUCAGCACUAUGACCUAGAGUAGACAAAUUCACGAGUUAGAGUAUUUCCUGGUGCGUGAACUUCAGUCUUUUACUCAAGGACUGUGAAAAGCGUUUCACUGUAGUCUAGGCUAAAAUUUCGGAGGAGUAGAGAACAGGAUAAUUUUCUUCCAUGAAAAUACAUUUGUCAUGGGUGAGACAAAUGGUGAAAAGUUCAAAUAACCACUUGUAAACAUCCUCAGCACUACCUUUCAGGUCAAAAUGAAUUCCUGGAAUACUAACUAUUCGAUUCGUAUGCCCUAGCGCCAGCAGGAAAUCCAGGAAGCCAGGGAGAGGAAGAAUCAAAGGAGAAACCCAGAGUUCAAGUAGUUCAAGAAAACGAUGGACGAUCCUCAGGUGCCGUGUCAUCUGGAGCGGUAGUAGUGGGUCCCAGAGAUGAGCACAAGAAGAAAAACGAUGGUCGAGAAGCUGCCCUCCAUAUCGAGUCGAAAGUGUUCUCAGAAGAAGAAAUACAGAUCUCGCCUCCUGGAAAUAGUUAUGUUAAGGAAGAUAAUUUUACUGAGAUGAUUUCGACGGCCCGACGAUACGAAACUCAAGAUAGUCUAGUUGGAAGGCUAACAGACAAAACGACAGCGCUACAACAAGCAAAAACUCUUAAACGUAAGUCAAAUUUUGAAGAUGAACUUGCUUGCCCUGAUGUGGAGAGUGCAAGCUGUGAUGACUGCUUUUUUGAUGACGCCAAGACAAUGAUACAAAGAGUUCUUUCAGGUAAUCAUGAUAGAUGAUGGUGUUAUGGAUUGUUUUCAUCGAUCAGUGGGUAGAAUAGAAUUAUUCUAUUGUUAAUAGAUUAGAACCAUAUAUAAGAGCACUUUUUGAUGACUUUUAUGGCGCAUUUUUUAGGCGAAAACCUAGUUUUUCUCUACUCGCUAUCUAUGAGCAGGAAUAGACAGCGAUUAUAUUAUAGAAAUCCGAAGUCAUUCGAGUAAAAAAGGGUCAAAAGGCAGGUUUUUUGCGCCCUAGAACGAGCUCGAACUCACACUAACGAAGGAAAAGGAAUGGAGAAAAAGUAAGAGAGAAGAGGAAGAAAGGAGGAGAAGAGAAAAAACAAUGUGCUCUCUUACUUUUUAUAAUGCGUACUCUGGUUUUUAGCUGAAAAAUAAACCGUUUGACGGAAGUGGUCCAUUCGGCAGUAACAUUUCCAAAAAUCUGGUCAGAUAUACAAGUAAUCAAAUCAGUAAGAUUUGCAAUGGACUACUAGUAGAAAUUAAUAAGCGAUGGGCAAGAAGUUACCCUCCAGAAGUGACUGAGUAGGAUAUGUCGCAUGAAAUUAAAAUUUUUAGUAUUUUCGAGCCGUUUAUCGAAUUCCGAUCCUUUUCAAAAUACUUAGGCAAAUGUGAUGCCAAUAAAGGUGUAAGUGGGUUGACUAAAAAAGCCAUUUGUAAUUAGUCCAGUUGCGACUUUAGUCCAUUUGUUUUGCCAAUUAAAGCAAAAUACAAAAUAUUUGAAUGAAUACAAAAAUGGUAAACUAAAAAUCUCUCUAACUUAUACAAUCUCUCCCUAUGAACAAUUCUAACAAUACGUUUCUGAAGCAAAAUUACAUUCUGUGACAAUAAUGAGGAUAUGGGUAGACAAGUGAAUAAUAUAGAGUACACAAAAAUAAGAUAAGACAAGACAAUUGUACUUGACCUAUCACUAACAUCAUGAGGUUAGGCCGCUAGGAGUAGAAUGAUGGUGAUCUGUAUACCGUUAAAUGCCGCUUAGAAGCAGCGCCCCCCCCCCUAUACACUCACACACACUUACAAGCCUCCCAGUUAAAGGCCCAUCUACGUGCAAACAAAAAAUUAUAUCCGAUUAUAAGCCUCCCUCAAAAUAUGUAGAGACGAAUUCUUCUUUGUAUACUGACGAUUUGAACAUUAAUUUAACUGAACUAGUAAAUGCAAAACGUGUUUUUUUGAAGCGCUUUUUCUGUUCUGAGUAUAAGCCUCUGUCGAAUCUUUUAAGCCACUCCUAGGUCCGAGGGCUUGUAAGCAACACGUAAAAUUCACUAAGCGUUUAGUAGAACUUUACUUGUAAACGUUAUAAUCAUUGUUAUCCGUAGGUGAUGAUGAUGGUAAUGUAACGAAAUUCUUGAAAUCAGCUGAUGUUGAUAAUCUAAGAAUAAGCUCUGAAGAAAACCCGAUUGCCAGAUCACUAAAAAAUGACAAGGAAACUGACCUUUCGGAAGAAACAGGACACAAAAUAUUCCAGAUGGACAGAGCCAUUACUGAAAUACCUGAUCAUGAUGAAGAUAACACCAAGGUCAGCGUGAAUAUGAGGUCCACCUUAGAUGACAAGGCAAAAAAGAAAAAAGGCAAAAAGGCCAGUGUAGGGACAGAAAGCAGUAUCCAAACGAAAGAAGACAAGGAAGAAGGACCAAGAUUUAAAGAAGGUAUAUAUAUAGUGCAUUGAAUCUGACUAUAAAACUACAAUAGCCUGAGAAAACAUCCUACAUUUGGCGACGCCACCUCUGGUUUCCGUACGGAAUGACGUCUGAGAAACGAGCUACCCAGAUCUGGAUAGUGCUUCUGAUUGGUCUUGCCGCGUGUGAAAGUUGCUUUAACAAAUCAGAAGCACUACUAAGGUCUGGGUAAUCACUCUACGUCAUCGAAUGGAAUUUCUGCGCUCGUUUCUCAGACGUCAUUCCCGGGGAAACCAGUGGUGGCAUCGAGAAAUGUCGACUGUUUUCUCAAGCCAUAAAACUAUAACAAAGUAAAAGCAAAUUUUCCCGCAUAUUCCAUGGAUUACAUAUCGUUAAGAAAGUUAUUUGAUCCAAGAGAAAUUGAAAACAAUACUUAAAUUCUUGUGGAAAAAAAAUUUCAUUAUGGGGAACGUAAAAGUCCCAGAUACCGGUGUUUUCAAGUUAGCUUUCAGCUGUAUGAUGGUGAACAUUGGCUGCUUACAAUUUACACAAACCACCCGGGUGGAGAUCUUGUGCAUAAACAUUAAGACAGAAUCCACCUGGAAAUUGAGUAAUUUUAAUUUUCAGUGGACAGAAACCUUGUACCAGGAUAAUUUAAAGAAUAUUGCAUUCUUUUUUUAAGGGCUAAAGAUGUAGUUACUCAUCUGUAAUAACACCAAAGAAAUUUUCUCGAGGGAGUCCGAGAAAAUGAACGUCAAAUUUCACAACAAUUGUGAAAACACAGGUGAAAUUCUGAAAAUUUCAUGCGCAAGAUGUAAUGUUGUGAAAUUUGACAUUUAUUUUGUCGGGCUCCCAUAAGAAUAUUCUUUGGUGUUAUCACAGAUAUAGAGGAUAUUACAUGGCCGUCGGAGAUACGAAAUUUCUCUUCUCGUGUUGAAAAAAUAUUUCAACACUCGAAGAGAAAUUUCGUAUCUUCAAGAGGCCAUGUAAUAUUCUAUUUAUUAUAUAAACACCUAUGAACUACCAAACCUUUCACUUUAAUAGUUUUUUGGUGUGAAAGGCGCGAUUUAUUAUGUAGCCAUAGCAACGGUGAUAUUUUCACAUGUGGAGAUAACAUGUUAUUUUCACAUGUGAAGAUACCAAGUUUUCGCGCGAAAGCUCACCUGGUACUUCACUGGUGUUUAUAUAAUAAGACUAAUUACAUCUAUAGCCCUUGAAAAAUGUAAAAAAGAAUGCAAUAUUCUUGAAAUUAUUCUGGUCAAAGGUUUUUGUCCACUGAAAAAUAAAACUACUCAAUUUUCUUGUGGAUUCCGUCUUAAACUAUCAAAAUUAACUCGAAGGGAGAGCGACCAGCUAAAAAGUAUCCAGAAAUCAGCUGAACAGAGUUAGGAUCGCAAACAGAAUGGCGUAAACUAUUUGAUUUUCCAACCAGACUUUCCGGUUUUCCCAUGUAGACGUUACGUUCUUAAUUGUCUAAGGUUAUCUACCAAGUAACAACAGCAGAGCACUUCUUGUGUGACUGAUAUGGGCUGGUUGCAUUUCGUAGCCUAAUUUCAUACAUUCUUGAUGGCAAAUUUGCCUCUUUGACUUAACACAAGAAAAGAGGUCUUAACUGAGAUAAGUAUUGCAAAGCCGGCCAAGGGUAAAAAGAGUGUUUCAAAAUUUUCUACUAUAUACCAGACAACAAGCCCUCUAUUCUUCGACCCUGGUAUCUCCGUUCUUCGCACGUCAUGUCUGGGAAACAAUUUUCCUUUUUAUGAUGGUGAUCGCUAAAGGAGAUUAAUGGACAACCAUAUUUUUUGCAAAUAGAAAAAUCAGAAAUGCUGGCCACAAGGAUACCUUUUAAUCGUACUUUUCCUGGACUUAUACAUUGAAAUGUUGUCUUCUGUAAUUUAUUCCGAUAGCUAAUGACGUAGAAAAGGCAAGCCAAAGCAAAUUAGGUUUGCAUGAUAUUGGAGGACGCAUAGAGGGCAUUAAAGGCAACGAGUCUGCGAGAGCAGCAGAGAUUAAAGGUAAAAUUAUGGAUCAAAAGGACGAGGAGCAUGAACUCAAAGAUUCAAAUCCGCAUUCCGGCAAGGAAAGCAAAUCAAAGAAGAACAAACAACCCAAAGAGUCAGAAGAGAGUACUGCAACAAUCAGUGGCAGCGACGACAAAAUGAAAGAAGAUGUCAUCCCUUCAGCAGGUAUCGUUUUUACCUUUAGUGAUUAUUUUUUGGUACUCGAGCGAUCUCAGAUGAAGGUCUAUUGAGGCCAUUAAAAAUUUCUGUAGAGAAAUAGGUGCAAUACCGACUCGAGUAUUUUGUCUCUGGUGUAAGUAACAUUUAAGUAAGUAAAAACAUCACCACAAAAUUUUAAUUAUCAUCAUAAAUCUCGGCACCCGGCUAGCUUUCAAAACAGGCGUUAUUUAGCCAAAAACGACACCGUAGACCAUAAUAUCUUAAUUGGGCGGUUGUCAUGUUUUGCGAUGACAGGUACCGUGUUCAAGUGGUUCUCGUCCUAUUUGACGAACAGAUCCCAGCGAAUUGCUCUUAGUGGUUCUAUUUCGAACAGUUUUUCUUUUGCGGCAAGGGGUACCGCAAGGCUCCUGUUUAGGGCCGUUGUUAUUCAUCAUUUAUGGCAGCAAGCUCUUCCAAGUUAUAAAAAUCACCUGCGGGAUAUUUAACAAUUAUUCCUCGAGCCCGAAUGGGCUAUUGACUCAGAGGCCAUGAGGGAUAAUUGUUUUAGCAAAAUCCAACUAGUUGGUCAAAAAUAUCGAGACAAAACAACUUUAGCUAGUUAAAGCUAGACUUUAAUCCUUUUUUGCCGCCCAAAAUCCAGCGCUUUUAGCUAUAAGUAGGCUAUAACAUAAAGCCGAGUAGUAGCUCAACGAAUCAGAACGCAGUAUUAAUAAUAGACCACUAGUUGGAUUUUACUAAUUAUGCUUACGCGGACGAUGCCCAGCUAUACCUGUCUUUCGAGCCCGAUAACGUAGUAAGCCAAGCUGCUGCAUUAGACGCAAUGGAGCGCUGUAUUAGAGAUAAACGAUCGUGGAUGAUUAUGGAGAAACUACAGAUUAACGACGAUAAAACUGAAUUUAUGAUAGUGGGUUUUAGACAGCAGUUGGAGAAAGACGAUAGGCCCAUUUAUACGAGGAAAAAUAAGACCGCUUACAUAAGAUGCGAACAAGAAGUGAUUUUGAAAAGCAUUUAACUAUAAAAAAUUGCGAUAAAACAUUUCUUAAAAUCAUUUCAAGAUUAAAAAAUUGCUAAAUGGCGACGACGUUUCGACGUUAGCUGAACGUCAUUAUCAAGUCAAAAUGAGUUAGUGAUUUUUGGUCUAUAAAUACUAAAAAAACAACAAUAGCUGAUUAAAAAAAAUUGUAACGUGAGAAAAUAUUAAACAAAGAGUUUCGCACGUAUGGAGUCCGUCUGAAUAUUUAAAUUGGGCUUAAGCUUCUUGAUGAAGAGCAUUUCAAAUACUAAACAAUCAAAUUUGCUCUGGCACUUUCUUAAAACCGUGAUUUGGUUUUCUCUCAAAAGGUUGUUGUUACCGUGAGCUUCUAAGAAAUGUCUACCGAUUGCCGAAUUUUUGUGCUCAGCAAUGCGUUGAGGAAGGUGUCGAGCUGUGUCGGGUACACAGCUCGACACCUUCAUCAACGCAUUGCUGAACACAAAAAUUCGGCAAUCGGUAGGCAUUUCUUAGAAGCUCACGGUAACAACAACCUUUUGAGAGAAAACCAAAUCACGGUUUUAAGAAAGUGUCAGAGCAAAUUUGAUUGUUUAGUAUUUGAAAUGCUCUUCAUCAAGAAGCUUAAGCCCAAUUUAAAUAUUCAGACGGAUUCCAUACGUGCGAAACUCUUUGUUUAAUAUUUUCUCACGUUACAAUUUUUUUAAUCAGCUAUUGUUGUUUUUUUAGUAUUUAUAGACCAAAAAUCACUAACUUAUUUUGACUUGAUAAUGACGUUCAGCUAACGUCGAAACGUCGUCGCUUUUUAGCAAUUUUUUAAUCUUAAAAUGAUUUUAAGAAAUGUUUUAUCGCAAUUUUUUAUAGUUAAAUACAUAAGAUGCGUCUUAAAUAAGACGCGAACUGUACCAUUUAUACGAGCAUGUCUUAUCUAAGUCGAGAACAGCUCGGAUAAAUGGUUCGCAUCUUAUUUCUGUUCUUGACUAGUUUUCAUGUGAAUGUUGCCCGUUGCAACGGCAAUCCAACGUGGCGCGCCAAAAAUUAACGCAUGCGUACGAUGCGUUCGCGUCUUAUGUAAGAUGCAAGACAAGACAAGACAAGACAUUUAUUAUCAUAAUAUUACAAGUACAAAAUGGCACGCAGUUAGCAAGAAAACGCUAGUCGAGGCGUGCCAAAUUAAUUCUAUUACAAAUCAGAUUUUAUAUUAUAAUAAGUAAAAGGCAAAGAAAAAAAAAGAAGAAAUAUGUGUAAUGAAUUCAAAAGCAAGAAAGACAAAUCUGUUUAAUGCAACCUCCUCUUUGGUCGCUUGUAAAUCGGUUCUCAACUUUUCUUUUUCUUUUCUGAGUUUAUCCAUCGUUUUCUUCCGCUUUGCUUAGGUUUUAGUAACAGAAAUUUAACAGAGAUUUACACCGAACUAGAGCUCAAAAAUAGCGCGACCUACUCGCUCCAAGGCCAUGCGCAAGAUGACGCGAAGGUCAUUUAUACGAAGUUUUUCUCGUCUUAACUAAGGCGCGUCUUAUCUAAGAACAGGUGUUAAGGGCUGUUCUAAAAUAAGACGCGUCUUAGCUAAGCCGUCUCUUAUUUUAGACGAAAUGUUAGCGUCUUAUUGAAGACGCGUCCUAUGUAAGACGCGUCUUAUUUUUCCUCGUAUAAAUGGCCCUAAUAUUGAUCUUUCUACGAUCGGUGAUACGAGAGUAAGCCAUGUCACGGGUGCGAAAAAUCUCGGAACUUGGUUUGACGGCGAUCUAAAUCUGAAGGAACGUAUCAAUAAGACCUGUAAAACUGCGUAUUUCCAUCUCCAUAACAUUCGGCGAAUUAGGAAAUAUCUAUCUAUAAUGAUUCUGCUCAAACACUAGUUCAUGCACUUGUUAUUGGACGAGUUGAUUAUUGCAAUAGCCUUCUCUUCGGUCUUGCUGCAGUGCAUUUAGGAAAAUAAACUACAACGUAUUCAGAAUUCAGCUGCUCGUAUAAUUUUUAACAUCUCUAGAUAUGACCACAUAACGCCUGUGCUGUACUCUUUUCACUGGUUACCUAUUGAAUAUGACAUCAGUUUCAAAGUACGCAUUAUUACAUUUAAGGCAAUUCAUGGCGCUGCACCUCAGUUUUUAAGUAAUUGAACAAGUGUUAGGAAAAUGUGUAGAUACAGUCUGCGAUCGAACGCUGGCAUAGUUCUUGAACUACCAAGUGCCAGAUUGAAGAAAACUUUAGGGGAUAGAUCUUUUACAUCCACUGCUCCUAGACUUUGGAAUAAGUUGCCCGGCCUUUGAAUAUCAGAAAUGCGGGCAGUUUAUAGCGAAUUUUAAAUCUAGUUUACAGACGUAUUUACUUCGCUUAGCGUUUAAUGUAGGUUAAGUAUAUGAUUUGCAGACUUAUAUAACCCCAAAGCGUCUAAAUUCCCCUUAUUUGUUUAGAACCAUGCUGGGUUUUUUUUAUAGCCGACGUAGCCGCCGAAUCAGAAUCACGGAAAAUUAUUUGUCUAAAUAUGGAAUCAGAGAAUUCAAGGCUAAAAACUUUGAGCUUGUAAUGCAUCGGUCAAUUCCAGCUGCCCCACCCCUCCCCCCUCCCCCCUCCCCCCCGGGCUGACGUCCUGAGCAUUAGCAUUUUUUUUUUGCCUUGGAUGGCAAAUUACCGGGGGUGGGGAGAAAAAAGAGGGCAAAUGCCCCGUCCUCCGUCAACACUGCAAUAUUUUUCGUUGAUCGCACAGUCGAGCAGUGCCAUUUUAAGCAUUUUCAUGUGCGGUUUUUUGUUUCAAUGAAUGUCUUCCUUUGUAAUAGUGCUAUUCUAAUUAAGACUUCACGCAGUGACGACACCAGUUUAUGGUUUUAGUAUUGUUAUAAAAUUAUUGGCAUUAAAAUUAAUAGAGGCUGAAAGUUAACUGCUAUGAAUAGUUUUAUAAAUAUGAAAGGAUGUUCUUCAAAAAUAUCAAGAGAAACUUGAUUCAAUAACCAAAAAACAGGGUGAUUAACGUCGUAAUCUCCCGAGUUUCGCUAUGUGAUUCUGGCUUGAUAAGCAAUAAAAUCGAGAACAUGCCUUUACAAACCGGGCUCUUCAAUUUUUCCCGUCUUUGACAAAUGAGUCAAUCUGCUUGUUUUUCCAGUAAAAUCCUCUGUGUAGUUAUAUUUUGAUAGGAAACCGCGUGCGUGUCAAAAGCUCGGGGUUGGCCCCGGGUUAAAACUUUUCUUUGUCCUCAAAACGAAAACAAGCUUUUACAUGUCACACGUCUAAUCAAAAGUGCCAUACAUGUGUUCGCGUACUGUUCUUAAUGAAUUAAAAAAUCUUCACUCACAAACAAACUAUUCCCUUCCGACGCAGCUGGAAUUGACUGAUGUAUAACGCUUAUACAUGUACAUGUCUACGACCGAAAGAAAUCGUUUCGUUGCAUAAAAGAUAAAGUAAUUAUGCCGCUAUAAAAUGCAACCCUGGGAAAGCAUUAAGAGCCACAAAGUUUUAAGCGGUAUGGCUUGAAAACAUCGACCAGCGACAAAGUAAGACAAACAUAUUUACAAUUCUUCACGAUAUCGCAAAGGCUCUCUGCGAAAUCAACAAAAUGCACUUCCAGCCUGUUUGACCGACAAAGAUCAUCCUCAGGCUACUAGCUGCAAACCUAUCUACCACGGUAAACCAGUUAUCUGUAACUUCUGUUCUUAUCCAGCAAAACCAGCAUGACGACUACAAACAAAAUGAUAUGGCAAGCUUUGCAGAAGCGAGUUGUACAAGGCGCCGACGAAGUCGGAACGGAACAUUUUGUUUGUGAGUGAAGAUUUUUUAAUUCACUCAGAACAAUACGCGAACACAUGUAUGGCAGUUUUGAUUAGACGUGUGACGUAUAAAAGCUUGUUUUCCUUUUUGGACAAAGAGAAGUUUCAAGCUGCGAAAUGGACCUUGUCACGGUUUUCGACGCCAUCUUGACGAGUAGGCAAACGUGUGAGAAAUUACAGUGUUUGUAUGAGAAUCUAAUGUCGAAUGAUUUCCGUAAAACGGCUGUUCUGAAAAAAAUAUGACUUGUAAACUAAAGCUACAAAACAAAGGAUUGUACUUAAAAUUUUUUGGGCGUACCUGUGCUUAAAUUUCUCCAGAGGCUUGCUUUAGAUUUUCCAUAUAUUUGUCUCUAAUUUUUCCCGGGACUUUCUUACAGACAAAUGUAUAGAAAAUUUUAAAAAGUGGUUCUAGGUCUUCUAGCGCAUCUAACGCCCUCAAUUUUUUCAGUAGAUUCCUUAGGAGUAAAGCUUUAGUUUACAAUUCAUAUUUUUUUCAGAACCGCCAUUCUACGGAAAUUAUUCGACAUUAGAUUCUUAUACAAACACUGUAAUUUCUCUCGCGUUUGCAUACUCGCCAAGAUGGCGUCGAAAACCGCGACAAGAUCAAUUUACCCUUGUUUCGUUUAUGGCGAGGCGCUUGUCCUUUUGAAAGAAUUUUGAACAUUUUACACAUUAUGCUCGAGGAACCUACGUUAUUGAAAGAAAAUUUAUGUAUUUAUAAAUGUUUCAUAGACGUUUUAUAUAUUUUUGAUAGAGUUUUCAAGAAAAAUUGGGAAAUGCGCCCGAUUUGAGACAAUUUUAGUGUUAAUUUUUGCCAUGUACUCAGCCAAUUUUACUUGUGGGAGCGGAUCCACGAUCCAGUCAGCGUUACGCGAAUUGCUUUUAACGGUAAACUUAUGGCUUUUCGAAUAGAAAUUUUCAAGAAACAAUUUGUCUGUUUAUUGUUUUCUGUUUGUUUAUUCAUAACAGUUGAAAACAUGAUCGCCGACAUCUAAGUCUUCUUAACUUGCGUUUCAUUCUAUUUCUUAUUACACGCAUCACUUCUGCGAAGAUGUCAGCGAAUUUUAUUAAAUUUUUUCUUUCCAGUUCAGCAACCAGUGAAUGUUAUUUGAAAAUAUGUUACUAGUUAUUCUAGAUAGAUAGUAAGUGAUUUUUUAAAGGUUGGUUGCGCUAAUGGUCACGCAAAAACCAUUUUGGAAGUAACAACUUUAUGAAAUCGCUUCUCUUACGGUGCAUGUCAUUGGUAGUCGACUUUGCCUUGUUAGGAGGAACCAACUCAGUCCUGGUCUUUUGGGGAUUAAUAGUGUAUUCCGUUUUUCGUCAAAUAUUACCUAGUAAAACAAUAACGCUUUUUGCAGCGCAUCAUUUACAUCACAAUAUACAGGUUUUCCUAAAGAGCACUCGGGCGAUCGCAUAUCAUGCAGUAAUUCCAUAUUAGGAAGUAAAUUUUGAUUGGUUCCCAAAGAAACCCCAGCAUUGCGACAGAGUUAUAGGCUUAAGGGUUAUAUGCUUCUGGCAUUUCAGUAUGACGUUUUGUAAUUUAUUGUUACAAUGGUAUACAAUAUAAGCUAGUUUUUAUGACUAACGUUUGGAAUUCUGUGUUUACUAGCAUAUUUUUUAGCUAAUUUUUAUGAUUGUAAAGCGCAUUUGAUCAUAUCACCGUAAUUGGCUCCUGAUCAUAUGUAUAUGUAAGUUUGCGCUAUAGAAAUAUUAAAUAUUAUUAUUACUUAAGAGUCAAUAAUCUUGUUAUUGCUAUGGCAACCCUUCCCUCGCAAUUAUCAUUGCCUACACUCUUUUGGGAAUCAAAGAAGCAAGGAAGACGCUUAUAAGAGUAAAUUGAACGCGGUGUUUAUUGACAGGUCAAGCACCUUCGGCUGGCAACUACCUGGAAAAACAAAACGAGAAAAUGUUGGUGAAAGGUAACAUUACUGAAACUUUACCACAUCGGGAGGCGUUACAGUCAAACACUAAGACGCUCAGAAGUGCUUCCCAAGAAAACGUGACUUCAGAUACUGGUAAACUGGCACAACAAAAUGCCCAACAAACGCUUAACAAAGCGAGUGAAUCUAAAGGAAAAGCUCAUCACGCAGAUAGUAUGGCACAAGACAAGGCAAAACACCCUAAGGAUGUUCUUAGAUGUAAGUAAUGUUUUUAAAAAGUAGCUUCAUUUUUGUUAUUGUUUUUGGUACCAUUUACUGUACCUCUAAAUUUUGACAAUAGAAAGAAAAGCCUUCCUGUCAUUAAACUAAGUCAGAAAAUGGUUGGCAUUAUCAGAACACCUUCAAUAAGAAGAAUUUUAAAUAUAAGGAAAUUUACGUAAACAACAUUGGAAGAAAUACUACUCUAUGCCUGUCUGUGUCAAAUCUUAGCGUCAAAAAUAUGUCAGCAUUUAAACGUUUUAGGUUUUGAGGUCGUUUCAUUCAAAGGCGAUCGGUAAAUUUUGUCUGAAACGCAGACUGACUUCGAGGGUUCUAACAAAAGUGGGUCUCUUCUAGGCACCCCAAGGGGUCGUGGCGUCCCAGGAAGAAGUAUUUCGUAUGAAAAGGGGUCAGUUUUAGAUGCUGAAGAAAACAGAGAACUGGAGUUCAAAUCCCUCGUAAGUGCCCCUUCUUGUUCUCUGCCAUGGAAAAUAAUGGAAAAGGCAAAGAAGUUCAUUUGUGCCUGUUUAAAUGCUGAUAGACAUGGCAUCAUUUACUUUGGUGUUGGGGAUAGCCUGGAGAAAGGUUCGAAAUAUCACCAUGGAGAAAUUAUUGAGCUUGACGUUGAGCAAAUGAGGGAUGACAUCAACAAAGCAUUUCAGUUUGUCCUUGAUGAUCAUAUUAAAAGCGAUGCUGGGCCACUGCAAAAAGGUGGAGAACAGAAUUGCGUUAAUAUGUACUUCGUCCCUGUAAAAAGUCAAGGAAUUCGUUCUCAUUCAUUCGUCAUUGAAAUAGAGGUGGCUCGCGAUUGGCGAUUCUGCAAAGAUAAAGUUUAUUACUCCAAAAGCUGGAUUGAGAAGCGAGGGGUAUUCAAGGAAUGUGGUGAAAAGAGAGCAUUGAGCGACUUUUUUAAGGUCAAGGAUGAGUUUGAUGACGUUGCAAUUCGUACCAAUGGCGCGUCUACCAGUGUUAAACCAUAUGAAGUCGAAAGCCAAGUGAAGAAACCUCUAGAGGUAAAGUACAAGGACUGGAGGAAGAAGAAAAGACAAGGUAAUGACGUUUUGAAAGAGAAAGUAAUAUAACAGAAAUGAUAGAUAAAUGAGGUCCUCAAACACAUUAUCUAUCCCAAAUCGCUUACAAUUAAGAUAUGUAACGCCUUUUUGGAUCUCCAUAAUGGCUAAAACUAAGAUGAGCUGAGGGCCAAGUAAUGAGUAAAACAUGCUACCUUCAUAAAAUCUCCUACCAAGAUCUUGAAAUCUUGGGACAAGAUUAACCUUCAUACUCUUUAAUUUUAGUUUUGCAAAUUGUUUAUUUUACCCACUAUCACUGAUGGCAUCAUUCUUACUUCAGUGAAUUUAGAAACCAAACUUUUCGUCAACACAAGAGCUUAGCCUGAAUUGAAAACUAGUACUGUGGGAUACCAUGGGCGGAUCCAGGGGGAGGGUGCAGGGGGUGAGCACCCCACCCCCCAUAAGAUGACCUGGGGCUUUCUAAUACCCCUGGUAUUCUGUAUUAAAAUUUUCUUUUCGUCACAAGUCAGUUACGCCAUUCCUUAGUGGUGCACCUCCUCCUAACAAGAAUCCUGGAUCUGCAUCUGGUUAGCGCCCUUAUUUCUAUCAGUGGUAACGGAAAAUAACAUACGAUGGCUUCCUAGGUCCCGUAAAUUAGUGAAAACGUCUCAAUGGCUAAACGGUAUCUUUUUAAGGAAAAGACGCCGCUUUCUUAUUCCGUGAUUUACCGAAUUUUCUGCCUUUUUUUCAGGUGCUCACGAAAUACCUGAAGGUGAGUGCGAUUUUUGUUCUUUCACAGGCCGUGGCCCUGUCAGCGUUUAGCUGCGACUAACCAAGAACAGUAUGCAUGUUUCAAUGCACCCUAGGCAUAGUCAACAAACUUAGAUAAGCAACAUUCUCAUCUUUAUUUUACAGAACUCAAUUUGGACGAUGCUGACGCCAAAAGAUACAGUGAUGUUUUAAAAGAGAGAUUACGUGAGCUUAACUUCAAAGAAAAUGGUUUCAUGCUCAUCGCAAACAAGUUGCCUGCCCAGUACAGAGGAACAGCACAUUUUUCGUUCUUACAAAACAUACCUUGGAUGGCCGUGUUUGACCUGUUUGAUCCUUCCUCCAAGCAAGAUGGCUUACACCAUGCCUGUAACGAGACAAGCGACGCACCACGGGCAAAAAUCAGAACCCUUGACGAAUUCAAAGAAAUAUCACCAGACAAAGAUUCACUUAUCUCAACUCGAAGUACAACUUGGAUUUUUAACAGUGAAGAAAUGCAAAAAGGGGACUGGAUUAAGUGUUCCAAGGACUGUUUGUAUCGCGCUUUGUCAGCGUACAAACAAUGUUUUCCUCCUGGAAACCUCAUAUGUGUUUUCCUCUGUGUCAGUGAGACGGCUGUUAAUGAAAUGGCAGAUAUCAUGGAGAGCAGUUUUAGCAUUCUUGGAAAUUGGGCAAGGAGUUGUGUAACUAUUCUAAGUGAGUCCAGAACUGUGGUGGAGCCAUUUAUCAAGGCUUCAAAACUGUCACUACAGAAAGAACUUGCCGAAUGUUCGGUAACUGGCAUUCCAUGUAGUCUUCUGAAAGAAAUUGUACGCGAAUUGGUGGGGCCAUCUAAAUUCGAAGAAAAAGGCGCAACAACAAAGCUACCCUACUUUACUGGCUUUAAGGAGGUGCUCAACAAAACUAUCAACUCUUGGGAUGAUUUAGAAUUAUAUUGUCCUAAACCUCCAUUGCCCAGAUUAGCAGAAGAAAUUGGUAAAGAAAGGGACGCAUUCUACAAAGGUGCUCAGGUUAGCCAGGUAAACCUGUUCCAUGGUCACAGCAUCCCACGGAGUCUAGAGAAAGAUGUGAGUGCUAAGGUUGCAAAUGCACUAAAGUCCCUGACGAAAGAAAAUGUUUUCGAAAACUACCAAGUGAAAACUAUCACUGUUUCCUAUGAGCCAGGAUCUGGCGCAACCACCCUGUGCCGUAGAGUCCUUUGGAGUAAGAAAGGAGAAUAUCGCUGCGCUGUGGUAAAAGCCAUAACGUCAUUAACCGAUUACCAGAUUGAGAAAUUGCAGUGCAUUGGUUACGAUGAAGAGAAUAUCCACUAUUCUCGUCCAGUUCUGGUGCUCGUUGACAAUUUUCCAGAGAGUGAUGUGCGCCUGUUAACCGAGCAUAUCAAGAAGAGGCAGACGAGAUGCGUUUUACUGACUACAUUGCCAAUCUCAAAGACCGGGAACAAUUUUGAGAUUACUCUUAGAAAGUUGGAUGAGGAAGAGACUACUCGUGUGAAGGAUAUCUUAAACAAUAUCACAGGCAUCGACAGUGAGAGAAGACGUGAAGCUGAACAGGUCCUGGAAAGAGAAAAGAGGUUCAUCUGGUUUGGGUUAGAACUUUUUGGACGAGAAUACCAAAACAUCGAAGAAAGGGUUCAGAAUCACAUUGGCAACAUUCUAGGGGCCUUCCUGGGAGAACGUGUAGAGGAGCACCAAAUGCUACUUGCCAUGUGUUGCUUUUUCAACAAGUACAGCGACGGCAAUAUCAUCCUUCCGCAUUCAGUAGUCCUGGACUUCCUUUACUUAAGGCUCUCUGGGACCGAAACGAAAGGUCCUAGCAUUCAAGACAUCCAUGAAGCUUUCGGAGGACUUCUCCUGGAAGUGCAAGACGAUAAGCACGGUUACUAUGGCUGGCGACCGGCGCAUUCCCUAGUAAGUGAAGUUGUCACAUCCAGAAUAGAUGUCGAGGAAACUGCCGUACUCGCUCUGGAAAAGGUUGUCCACGGAAAGGCCUACGUGACGAAGUUCUUAAAACAGCAAGUCUUCAGGCUAUUUUUGGACCGCAAAAGAAUAUCUGAUCCAGUAUUACUGAAGGAGCAGGCCGCUGAUGAGGGUAACGUUGGCACCGAUUUAGAAAAUGAAGUGUUUGGAUUUUAUGGGAGACGUACGAGAUAUUCCCCCGUUAUCGAAGAAAUUUUGGAAAGGGAAAGUAGUGUUCGAGAAGCUGGAGCCCUGAAGGUUCUUCUCGCAGUAUGCGAACAGGCGACUCAAACAGAGGAGAAAGCCUAUGCUUGGCAGCAAUUAGCAAGAUUUAUGGGGUACGAGAUGCGCACAAAAGUUAUGGAUAAAGAUGAAGAUCUGCAUCAAAGAUUGUACAACGCCAUGAAGAAAGAAAGUACUACUAAACAUCCCAUGCCCCAAAAUGGAAUCGAUGCUGCGCACAAAUCUGUCGAUAUUGCUGUUUCUCUCCAGCCCAGCUACACAAACCACUAUAAUUCAAAAGGUGUGCUCUAUCUUCUCCAGCUUAAGGAUUACAAGCCUCCAUCGCUUCGCUCAUUAUCUGAAGCAGUCGAAAUAUGUCGCAAAGCGUUGGAAAUUUACGACAAAGCUCUGGCGACGUCUAAAGGCGCCAAUCAUUUCCCAAUGAUCGGGAAAAUACAAGCCAUUAUUCUGCUACUUGAAAUUGUCAAGGAUCUACCCUGUUUUCACUCUGACGAUAUGAAGUUCACGAGAUAUUUAAAAGAAGGACACGCUCCCUCCGAAGUGGUAGAGGUGCUUUCUUUCGAACAGCAAAGUUUCGUGCAGAGUCUUAGUUCCACGAUACUUGACGUACUCAACGAGUUGUUUGGAAAUGUGAAGCUCAAGCAAACGACCACCUAUGAUGAGAAUGAAAUACGAAGCCUUAACAAUGCGAAGAUAAGGGGGUCUAAUCUGCGGAGAAAAUUUUACGAAAUCACUGGAUUAGACAAGACAGAGUUGUGCAGUGAAGAAUACUCAAUUCGCUUGUUGUCUUCUGCUAGCCAAGACCUUGCUCUCUAUCAACAGCAGGUUCAAGACAUUCUUUACAUUAAAGACGAGACCCCUUACAGUUCAUGGUCAAAACUUGAUAACAAUGAUGUGCAUUUAAUAUAUCAACUUUUGAAAUCCCUUUGCCUUCUUGGCCAUGGCAGCCACAAUGAUAUGCUUAUUUGUUCGAAGGCGUGUCUUCAUCUUAAAGAGAAACCCCCGGUUGACGACCUCGACAAAAUAAUCAAGAUUUUUGUGGAAAAGUUUCCUAACUCAGAAUGGGCCAAUCUUUUCUACUAUAUGAUUCACUUUCCUAUUCCCAGUGGUGGCCUUGCCCAAUACACUCCACAAACCAAGGAGGCAAUCAAGAAGUGUGUCACCAUUGUUCAACAAAAGGCAGGUUCUGGGUUUCGAAAAUCUGGUGCCGAGUACUUCCUUGGUAAGGGUAUUGGACUCAACGCCAUUGUCAAUAGUCAUGAAUUUCAGUGGGUGGAAACAAAAUGGAAAACCAAAACACAAUUUUGGCGAGGCAAGGAACCCUCUGAGAAGUUGGAACGUGUGAAAGGUCAAAAAGAAACAGGCAGAAAGGGGAUCAUUUCAUACCAUGGAAUCCAGAUCAACUUUGACAACACACUUUACCCAAAUGAAAGUAGAGACGAUUUGUGGUUUUACCUUGGUUUUACUGUUGCUGGCCCCUACGCCUAUGAUCCUGUGGAUAAUGACACUUACGACUCUAUUAAGAGGCAAAGUGCGUCCCUAGUACCUGCAACGUUUAGUGCAUUUUCCGAACGCUCAACUCACAGCAGCCAAUUGAGCAAUAACACUAGUAAGUGUGGUGCACGAAGAAAAGUUCGCUUGCAUCAACCUCAAGCAAAGGACUUUUUGUUAGAAGAAAACUCUAACGAGAACGAUUCCAGCGAUCCCGAAAUUUUCCAUGACAUACCUGAAGCCUCUGAUGACAACAACGGAUUGAUUACCGUUGGUGGUCGUUUCAACGCGUUAAUUGAACGGAGAAGUGUUCAAAAUACUCACAAUGAGUCUGAAUCACGUUGGAAUGGCAACAAGCAAGCGUCGUCUAAGGACCAAUGGCAAACAGUUCAGAGGAAGACGUCUAAAGGCAGAGAAAGCCAAGCAAAGGUAGAUGAAGUGAAAGACAGGAGCGUCUUAGGACGCCGAGGAUCUACAAAGAAGUACUUUGAUUUAAAAUGCGAAACCCGUGACGGAAAACUGCAUCACGGAGCUUUUGUUUUGGGGUCUAGAAAGGCACAAGAAUGCCGUAAACACAAGUUGGGGAGUGGCAAUGAAGAAACUGAUCGGUGUAACUACGCACAUGGCUGGAGGGGCGAUACUCUUCAGUUUGUUUGCACGAAGUGUACUGACGAGGGCAAGUUCCUCUGCAAUGAGAAAGUCAAACAUGAACCUUAUAUUUGGAAUCUGGGUCCGUAUCUCAACAGCCGUGGGGAAGUCUGGAAGUGUUAAAAGACGUAUGAAUUCAGUAGUAGUUGGGGUAGCUUGGAGAGCAUUCCGGUCUUUGACGACGUUGUUUCUGAUUGGGAGUAAAAUGUAUUUUUGAUAUUUUAGAUUAAAUGUAGUCUGCCAUAUUCAUCACUCAAAGAGACAACCCGGCCUUCGCCGGUGAUUAAUGAUACGCGGACAACUCAAUAACUUUGCCAUGUUUUGAUUUGCUGAUUCAGUCCAGCAUCCACGCUUGAAGUACUAAAUAAAGUAAGGUUUAACUGGCACCAUGCACAAUCCACAGCCAGAGAGUAUGGCUUACUUCAUGGCCUUUCCAAGGAAUCUGAAGCUUGUUGAUUGCCCUCGCAGAGGCAUCCUAGUAGCUCGCGCGUAUAUGUAGAAAAGUACUUACAGUUGAAAUAUACAGUCGAUAUAUGCCAGGAAAAAUCUCCAUUUGCUUGAACUGGGGCCGCACGCAAAUGUUCGCUACUGUUCGCGCCCGCAAGUAAGAGAUGGUUAGCAUGACGUAAAACAGAAAAUCCUGAAGGGACCACUUAGGUAGAUUUUGUGACACUGUAAAGUCAUAAGCGUUAUCAGUGACAUUCAGUGUGGAGCAGCUGUUUUGAAAGUUAUGGACCUCUCUUUGGGGGAAAUAAGACUCAGUCCACAAAAAGGCAAGACGAGUGAAUCAACGGCUAGCUAAUCACUAGCAGAACGAUGACGAUUACAGACAUUCUUCGACAGUUAAAUCCUGUGCUGACUUAUUCCCUGCUCACAGAUGUCCUUCUAUAAGUUUGAAAAAGGACUAGAACGCACGAGCGUGAAUUGAUCAAACCUUUGAAGUUCUCAAGGCUUACUUUCCGGCAAAUAAGAUAAACUGUAUGUAAAAAUUAAAAGAGAAAUAGCGAAACUUUCCAACUUCUGAUAAAAUAUUUUCUUACGGUUUAGAAUAAACUAAACUAGGAAUGUUCUGAUCAAAGCUGUCUAAAUCGAACUGAUUCAGUGCAUGGAACCAUGCGUUUUCUGUUUUUAUCUCACCUAUUGUAUGGAGUAUGUGUGAAAAUCUUCAUUAUGAAUCGGUAUGUUUCAAAGAGCUACACAACGGCCAAGGAUACCAUUGACUGACAAUAUACGGGGCGGGGGCAGCUGUGGAGUCAACUAUUACUAGUGGUAAAUGCAGCCGUUGCUUGAUCGUUAUCUCGAAAUUUGCCAAGCGAAUUGCACUAUGCUAGCGUUGAGUUAGAUGAGUUACAAUGGGUCAAUGUAACAAUGAAUAGAAUCGUUACUGAAAAACUAUUUUUCGGAAAAAAUUCCUUUGAAGAGUUUUGAGACAGUCAUGUGUCGAUUUCAAACCAUAGAAGUAUAUCUCUGUAGUCCUAAUGUACACACUAUUACUUAAUUUGUGUAGUCCUCGCUCUCACUUUCGCCAUGAACCGUGACAUUACUAUAAAAAUAAAGGAGC